AAAAAAAAAACAGUUUCCUGUGUUUUUUGUUUUGGUUUACAACAAAAAGUACGGGCCUUUUCUUUUUCAGCUCGAUCGCAGCUAAAGAAAGACGAAGGAUUGACAACACACAAACCUCUUCCUUCUCUCUCGCGAGCCAUGAGUCUCUUCGGUCUGGGCAGAAACCAGAGGACAUUCCGCCCAAAAAAGAGCGCACCCUCAGGGAGCAAGGGGGCUCAGCUUAGAAAGCACAUUGAUGCUACACUAGGUAGCGGGAACCUAAGAGAAGCAGUAAAACUUCCAACAGGAGAAGAUUUGAAUGAAUGGCUUGCUGUCAACACUGUGGAUUUCUUCAAUCAGGUCAACUUGUUAUAUGGUACUCUCACAGAGUUCUGUACUCCAGAGAAUUGUCCUACGAUGACUGCAGGCCCCAAGUAUGAGUAUAGAUGGGCAGAUGGUGUACUAAUUAAGAAACCUAUAGAGGUCUCGGCUCCAAAAUAUGUUGAAUAUCUGAUGGACUGGAUUGAAUCUCAACUUGAUGAUGAAUCCAUAUUUCCCCAAAAGCUAGGCGCACCAUUUCCCCCCAAUUUCAGGGAGGUUGUGAAGACAAUAUUCAAAAGACUUUUCCGUGUAUAUGCCCACAUAUAUCACUCUCAUUUCCAGAAAAUUGUGAGCCUUAAGGAGGAGGCCCAUUUAAACACUUGCUUCAAGCAUUUCAUACUGUUUACCUGUGAAUUUGGGCUAAUUGACAAGAAGGAGCUAGCUCCACUUCAAGAGCUUAUAGAAUCCAUCAUUGUUCCUUACUAAACAGGGUUUGCAUAUCCCAUGGAAUGCAUAUUUAAAUUAAAUAAAUUGUACUCAUCUUCACAGUAUCCAAUGUUGCGUGCUAUAAAUACUUUUUGUGCAUAUGAUGUGUGCCUUAGAUUAAAUAUUUGCUCUCUACUAAUUUAUUUGGGAUUUGAAAUACUGUGUAAAGCAAUUGGGCAGCCCUUGUUCUUUGCAUGAGCGGCUGUAAGCUAAUUUGGCUGAAGUCAGUCAGCCGAAACUUUACCCAGCUGGUUUAUCAUAUGGAAAUGCAAUGUGGGUGCUGCAUUUGAUUUUGUUGGUUUUAUGUAAAAUAGUGGUAGCUCAUUCUCUCAAGUGUGAAACUGGUUUGGAAAUAAAAUCUAAAUUCUAGA